GCCGGGCACCCUCGGCCCAGCAGGGGCCCCUGGGCCUUGGGCCUUGGGCCCCGUGAGGAGGGGGCCUCCCGGUGAGCCCAGCCUGCCCCCGCCCCUCCGUUCUCGUCAGAAGUCGGCGCCGAGGCCGGGCGGUGUGGGGUGUGCCCGUGGGGCGGGGACAGGGACCAGAGGGGUUUCGGGGUGCGGCGGAAAUGUCAGGGGGCUCACUGGGCUUUGCUUCUCCGUUAAAGGAUGAGAGGUAGCAAGGAGCCGUUUUUUGUGAAGUUCAUAAAGUCUUCCGAGAGCUCGGAGUAUUUUUCCAAAGCUCUUGAGUCUAUAAAAGAGUUGCAGUCAGAAGAACAUCUCCAGAUCCUUGAAGAAGAAACAGUACUCAACAUAAAAGAAAAUGAUAAAUCACUUUACAUUUGUGAUCCUUUUAGAGGCGUGGGUUUCAGUCAUCUCAAAAAGCUUGGUUGCAGGAUCGUGGGACCACAGGUAGUGCUGUACUGCAUGCAGUCCCAGCGAUGUGUCCCAAGAGCCGAGUAUCCUGUGUACAACAUGACCAUGGCCGAUGUGACGGUGUCCUGUACCAGCCUGGAGAAAGAUGUCAGGGAAGAAGUUCAUAAAUAUGUGCAGAUGAUGGGUGGAUGUGUGUGCAGAGACCUCAAUGUGUCAGUAACUCAUCUUAUAGCUGGAGAAGUUGGCAGCAAGAAAUACUUGGUAGCUGCUUCUCUGAAGAAACCUAUUUUGCUUCCCUCUUGGGUUAAGACAUUGUGGGAUAAGUCUCAGCAAAGCAUGGUGAGGUACACGGAUGUUAAGGCGGCAGACUAUGCCUGUCCUGUGUUCCUUGGCUGCACGAUUUGCGUGACCGGCUUGAGCAGCUCAGACAGGAGAGAAGUCCAGCGCCUUACUGCUGAACACGGGGGGCAAUACACAGGGCAGCUCAAGAUGAAUGAAUGUACUCACCUCAUAGUUCAAGAGCCAAAAGGUCAGAAGUAUGAAUGUGCCAAAAAGUGGAAUGUGCACUGUGUGUCCGUGCAGUGGUUUUCUGACAGCAUCAAGAAAGGCUUCUGUCAGGAUGAGACAAUGUAUAAAAUAGAGGCUGGAUCAAAACUGAGUAAUGCACCCAGUACAUCAACACCUACGAAUGAUGCCAGCAAGCCUGACAAUCAGACCCUUUCGGACGUCAGCCACAUUUCCAAUAUCAAUUUGAGUGGUGUUAAUGAAACUGCAUGUAGUUCUGUUAUGAGCAGCCGACUGGAUCCUCUUCCUGAUGAGCUGGAAAACUUGGACCUAAGUUCUUUUCAAGCCCCUGAAGAUUUGUUAGAUGGUUGUCGAAUUUAUCUAUGUGGCUUCAGUGGCAGGAAGUUGGACAAGAUGAGAAGACUUAUUAAUUUUGGUGGUGGUGUUCGAUUUAAUCAACUCAAUGAAGAUGUUACUCAUGUCAUUUUGGGGGAAAAUAAUGAUGAGCUGAAACACUUUUUGGACAAGACCGCUCACAUUGUGAUAACUUUAUUGUUUAAGGUCUACUUACACCUUGUUUUCUUUCUCCUAACACCGCUGGGGUCCCCAGCACAUAAAGGACAUCAGCCUGUUGGAGAUGCUCUGGCAGCUUUGGAAACUCCGAGAGGUCCUGAUCAAAAAACCAGGAAACUGAGCACACCUCUCUCUGAAGUCAUCGGCAGAAACUUGAAAUUGGCACUGGCAAACAGCACAAGGAAUACAGCAGCUCUUACUGCCAGCCCUCAGUUAACUGCUGCACAGUCAAAAGUGGAAGAAGAGCCCAAGCCUCUGGCCGAUGUUGUGAUAUAUGUUAGUAAAAAACUUGCUAAGAGGCAAAGGGAACUGAAUGCAGUAGCAGCUUCUCUUGGAGCAGACUGCAGAUGGUGCUUUGAUGAGACAGUAACACACUUCAUCUACAAGGGAGGACAGAAUGACAACAAUAAGGAAUACAAAUCUGUUAAAGAACGGGGUAUACAUAUUGUUUCAGAACACUGGCUUUUAGAGAGUGCCCAAGCAUAUAAACGGCUUCCUGAAUCUCUCUUCCCUCACACUUACAAUCCCAAAAUGAGCCUGGACAUCAGUACAGUGCAAGACACCAGGCUCUCCUCCUCCAGUAAACUUCCAUCAACUGGAAACCCAGCAGAGGAAAAUGAGAUUAUUCCAGUGGAUGAAGAUGAUGCUGAAGGUGAUAUAAUUACUGACCAAAUAAAGGGAACAAUCACUACAGGGGAAGAACAAAGUGUAAGCAGUGAAUCCAAAGGAGUUUUAACUCAAGCACUAGAAAUGAGGGAGAACUUCCAAAGGCAGCUGCAGGAGAUCAUGUCUGCCACAUCACUGGUGAAACCACAAGGGCAAAGAGGAUCCCUUUCAAGGAGCAGUUUUGAUGGUUCUCCAACCACUCCUGAUAGCACACGGUCUGUGCGAAAUGGCCGCAGUAGGGUCUUGGAAGCUCUAAGGCAAUCCCGUCAGGCACUCGCGGAUAUAAACACAGAGCCAUCCCAAAGUGAGCAGAUUGUCUGGGAUGAUCCUACUGCAAGGGAGGAGAGAGCAAGACUUGUCAGCAACUUUCAGUGGCCUAAUAGUUCUUCCCAGUACACUGAGCAAGGUCAGAGUAAUGCCGAUAAGAAUGUGGAUGAGUCUGCCCUCAGAGGAUCUGUACCUGAUGCAGAGAUUGCUGGUAUGGCUGUUCCUGAGGAUGGCGAUGGAGAGGUGAUUGAAGAUCUAAAGAAUCCUGUAUGUAGAGAUCCUGAAACACCAAUUAAAGAUAACUUGAUUCCCACUCCACAGGCCCCAACCAUUGCUUUCCCACUGGCUAACCCUCCUGUGGCACCAGAGCCCAAAGAAAAGGCUGUUACAGAAGAUGAGAAGGCUGAUGAAGAACCAGAAAAACACCGUAAAUUUCAGCUGUCUUCUCUUAAUCCUCAAGAAAGAUUUGAUUACUCCCAUCUGAUUGAGGAACUAGGUGGAAUAGUACUUGAGAAGCAGUACUUUGAUCCAAGUUGCACACACAUUGUUGUGGGACAUCCUCUUCGAAAUGAAAAAUUCUUGGCUUCGAUGGCAGCUGGAAAGUGGGUGCUUCACCGUUCCUACCUGGAGGCAUGUAGAGGAGCUGGCUGCUUUGUUCAGGAAGAAGAUUACGAGUGGGGAAGUAAUUCCAUACUUAAUGUUUUGCCUGCAAUCAAUGUAAACCAGAAGAAACUAGCACUGGCAGCCAUGAGGUGGAGGAAAAGAAUUCAUAAAGGGAGGCAAGAAACGGGCAUUGUUGAGGGAGCUUUCAGUGGCUGGAAAGUGAUCCUGAAUGUUGACCAAACCAAGGAAGCAGGAUUCAGGCGCCUUCUUCAGUCAGGAGGAGCACAAGUGUUUUCUGGUCAUUCUGUAUCUCUCUUUAAAGAAGCGACUCAUCUCUUUGCUGACUUCAAUAAGCUGAAGCCAGAUGACACCAGGGUUAAUGUAGCAGAGGCAGCAGCCCAAGGAGUGAACUGCCUGAAGCCGGAGUACAUCGCUGACUACCUCAUCCAGGAUCCACCUCCCCCUGUGGAUUCUUACUGCCUGCCGGAAGCUGAGUCUCACCUUCAGAAUAACACAGCUCUUGGAACUGGAUUAUCUCAGAAAAGAAAAGCAACAGGAGAAAUGAGCAGAGUCAAGCGAUCCAGAAUACACUGAGCAAAUUCUCUGUUCUUAAUUUGUAUAUUUUUAAAUUCAUAUUUAUAUUUUUUCAUUCUCAUCAGAAAAAUUAAAAGCUUUGAGUUUCACUUCUAAUUUGUCCUGAGAUUAAAAUAUCUUUACAGUAAUACUCAUAGGAGAGAUUGCUUUGGUUACUGGUAGCAUCUAAAAAUGUGGCAAGAACUCAUCCAAAAAAUUCUUUACCUCAUAAAUGUCCAAACUGUCCCACUAAUGAUUUUGUUUGGGGACACCAUUGUAUAAUAAUAGUUAAGAAAUACUUUGUAAGAU